UUGAAGGUAAACGUGCACAGACAGAGACAGGUGCGCAGGUGAUUGUUUGGUUUCCAAUCCAAAUACUGUACAUAUGUGGAUGACUCAGAAAAAUUAUAUCAAAUAUUCUAAUAAAUAAGCUAGCUACUCGUUUAUUGCUCAUUUAUUAGCUCACUCGGUAUAUUUCUCAUUCCAAAAUACAUUAAUAAGUAAAUCAGAUCAGAGUUCUAACGCAGUUUAACUUUAACUACUCAAUCGAUUGAAAUCUUUCAGAUUUGUUAACAAAAAUUGCUCAAUAUUUCCAUCUCAAAUAUACUCCAAUAAUGCAUUCUUUUAUCAAAACGUUAGUACUCGUCCAAUUUUGUGUUGUCGGCGGACAUGGUCAAAAGUUAUGCAAUUUUUCUGAAUCUGCGAAAACCAACGUGCCCAGUUUCAUCCAAAAUUUCUCAACGAGCAAGUGCAUGCGAGUGUCUGGUUUUGGAUUCAAACCAGCUUCAAAAGUACUCAUUGACGAGUGUUCCUAUUGGAACAAAGCCACAACUGACCAGAAAUUUACAUUGGUGAACAGCACCCUGAACAAGGUUCUCCUUAAAACGGAUGCAGGAAACAAUGACAGUUACUGUUUAACUACAAAGUACGACAAUCUCUUGACGGAUACUUGUCAAUCUCUGAAUUUUGACCAAAACUGGACUUUCAAGCCGGUGUCAGGGAAAAAAGGCUGGUUCCUUAUUGAGCAGUACUCCUCCAAAAAGUGUCUCAUUCCAAAGUCAAGGGCCACCGGAGCUGGAGUUGAGCUCCUUCCAUGCAAUUCCUACCAAACAGAACAGAUUUGGAAGAUUUGCAUGUGAGAUUUGCACUUGUUAUCCGUCUCAUAUUUCAUUUCCUCCCAGUCAUUCAACAGAACAGUAUCUGCAUUUAUUCAUUCAUUCAUUCAUUUAGAAUUUUAGAUUAAAAAAACCUAUCAGUACAGCUUUGCUUAGCCCGAACCAGGAAUGAUUAGUAAACCCAUGUUUGUCAGUAGUUUUCUAUGAAAUUAGGUGCUACUAUUUUCCAUUAAUUCUUCCAUCAAUCCUUCGUAUUACUAGGCUCCAAAUUCUAAAAAAUAUUUACUAUCCCUUCCCUUGACUACUUCCUAGUGGAGGUCGUCUCUAUAGCCCACCUGGUUAAUUUUUGUUCAUAUUUAACUUCAUGAUAUUUCGUGAAAAA